AUGAAGGGGAUGCCCUUACCCUUUGAAUUUGAGAGGAAGGGGGCGGUGGCGUUACGGCAGCCGGCGACGGCGGAGCUUGUUGUACCUUGCGCAAAUAAAGUUGAACGUUUUGAGGAUUUGGGAAACAAGAAGAGAAAAUACAUAGAACCAAAAUCUGUGCUGGAUAAUAUCAACAGUAGUCCAAGCCCUCCGACUUCCACUUCAACCCUGUCUUCUUCUUUGGGCGGCGGCGGCGGCGGCGGUGGUGGAGAAACAGUCGGGUUAGUGGCGGUUUCCGGUAAUCCAUCUUUAAAAUGGCCACCGCCGGAGAAUCAAGAAACCAGCAGCUCUAAUGUGGGAGUUUUUGGGACCCAUCAACCUCUUCUGUUACCGAAACAGUCUCUAGACAUCACUGCCGGCGGCGGUUGUGGCGACCAGAAAUGCAGUGAAAUGGAGGAUUGGGAGAGCGUGCUGUCGGAAUCUGGCCAAGAACAGUCUAUUCUCCGGUGGAUCAUGGGGGAUGUUGAAGACCCAUCGAUGGGUUUAAACAAAAUGCUACACGGCGGCGGUACGGCGGACGAAGAACACAACGGCGGGUUUGGUUUUGUGGAUCAAGGUUAUGCAGGGUUUGAUCCAGGCAACCCAAUUGGUCAGAUUGGGAAUUUCUAUCAAGUAAAAGAAAAAACUGGUUUCUCUUCGAACCCUCCACCGCCGCCACCGUCGCAGGCGGAGAUGUUCGGCGACCACCACCAUAACCACAAGCUCUCAGACCUUCAAAACCCGAUUUUUUCGCAACUGAAUCCAUCACAAAUCCACCCAUUUGACGUAAAACCUCAAAUCUUCAAUCCUCAAUCGGUAAUCAACCAAAACCAAUCUCAAUCUCCACAAAAUCCGACCUUUUUUCUGCCAUUAGAACAGCAACUCUUAAUGCCACCACAACCCAAAAGACACAACCCAGGAAUCAUACAAUCGAAUUUCCAAAUCCCCAAAACCCCUUUUCUCGAUUCACCUCCAAAUCCCCAAAACCCGCUUCAAUUGCUUCAACAGAAACCUUCAUCAAUCAAGAAAAUGUCCGCCAUUGAUGAACUCGGCCAACAGCAACAGCAAUCAAUCAUCGACCAGCUCUUCAAAGCUGCUGACAUGAUUCAAUCUGGGAACAAUCCGAUACUCGCGCAAGGGAUAUUGGCGCGGCUCAAUCAUCAGCUUUCUCCAAUCGGUAAGCCUUUCGAUAGGGCUGCUUUUUAUUUCAAGGAAGCUCUUCAGCUAUUAGUUCAUUCAUUAGUCAACAAUAUGAAUCCACAAAUCACUCCAAUUGGUUCUCCAUUUAGUUUGAUCUUCAAAAUUGGUGCUUACAAGUCGUUCUCCGAGAUAUCUCCCUUCGUUCAGUUCGCUAAUUUCACUUGUAAUCAAGCAUUACUCGAAAUCUUGGAUGGGUAUGACCAGGUUCAUAUCAUUGACUUUGACCUUGGCUAUGGUGAUCAAUGGGCUUCUCUUAUGCAAGAGCUUGCUCUUCGAACCAACACCAAUGGCGUCUCAAUAAAAAUCACAGCUUUUGCAUCGCCCACGACCCAUGAUCACCUCGAACUCAGCCUAACCAGGGAGAAUUUGGUCAAUUUCGCAAACGAAAUCAAUGUCGGGUUUGACUUUGAGAUAGUCAACAUCGAUGUUCUUGCUUCGGCUUCUUGGUCUUUACCCUUUCAUGUAUCUGAUAACGAAGCCAUUGCUGUGAAUCUACCCACCAGCGCAUUUUCGAAUUACCAAAUCCUGCUUCCGUUGGUUCUUCGAUUCGUCAAGGAUCUUGCUCCCAAGAUUGUUGUUUCGGUCGAUAGAGGAUCUGAAAGGACGGAUUUACCCUUUCCGAACCAUCUAAUCCACGCCCUUCAAUCCUAUUCGAACCUACUCGAGUCUCUUGAUGCCGUGAACAUGAACCUCAAUGUGUUACAGAAGAUCGAACGGUUCUUGAUCCAACCGAGCAUCGAGAAAAGCAUAACGGGCCGGUAUUCUUACCCGGAAAAGACUCAGCAUUGGCGGGCCCAGUUUUUAUCGUCGGGGUUUUCUCCAUUAACUUUCAGCAACUUUACGGAAAGCCAAGCCGUGUGCAUGAUCAAGCGGACCCCGGUUCGGGGAUUUCACAUCGAGAGGAGACAGUCGUCGCUCGUGCUUUGCUGGCAGCGUCGGGAGCUCGUUUCGGCUUCGGCUUGGAGAUGCUGAAAAAAAACCAAGUCUUUGAAGGUACUCAUGAAGAUGGAUUGUGGUAUAACUCUUUGUUUGAGUCCUUUUUUGGUCAUUUUACCUCAUUGUAAUGUUUAAUUAUGCUCAGGUUCGUUUUUGA